GAGGGCGAGGAAGGGAUGGUGACCAAUGGGGUAGCAAUGAUCGGGUAUAUAUUUGGGAGCACAACACCUCUCGAAUCGCAGCUCAGUCUUAGCAGCACGCAGCUCGGAUUCAUUGUUACCUGGCGCAGUAAUCGGAAUCCCCCACCAAGAAUGGCUGCACUUUCGCUGUCCCUGCUAGUGUUGCUGGCGGCUGUCUCAAGUUCUCUGGCCAGAGGUCCAUCCCAGAAGACUGUCAGCCCUCAGUCAAAAAGCGAGAGUGCAGGCGAGAAGAAAUGCCCUCCCAGUUUAUCCAGAGGAUGGGGCGACGAAAUUAAUUGGGUUCAGACCUACGAGGAAGGACUAUACAAAUCAAGAAAGAGUAACCGACCUUUGAUGAUUAUCCACCACUUGGACGAUUGCCAAUUCAGUCAAGCCUUGAAGCAGGCAUUUGCUCAGAAUAAGGAGAUUCAGAAAAUGGCAAAAGAAGACUUCAUUAUGCUUAAUCUUGUGUUUGAGACAAAUGACAGCAAUUUGACACCUGACGGACAGUAUGUUCCGAGGAUAAUGUUUGUCGAUCCUUCCUUAACAGUGAGGGCAGAUAUCAAAGGGAAUUACAGUAACCGUAAAUAUGCCUAUGAACCUAAAGACAUUGACCUCUUGAUUGCAAAUAUGAAGAAUGCCAGAAACAUUCUAAAGAAUGAAUUAUAGAAGCUUGAAGUCAUCUAUCUACCAUAAGCUUUAUUCAUUACAUUAUUUCUGUUCAACACUUGUAACUAUAAUAAACUUAUUGUGUAGAGUCAUUGCAUAUCACUGUCCCAAUAAUGCACUGAUAUGUGCAAAACAAGUGUAAAUAAUGUUCUCUCAAUAUGGGCAUUUCAGCUUGUACGCAAUGACAUUUUAAUAAACCCUUUUGAUACCAAA